AUGGAGGAAGAAGCUCUGAGGGAGGCCAUGGAAGACGCCUUUCUGGAGGGCGCGGCCCAAUGGCGAGCGGACAACAUCCUCCAGACCCUGCAGAUGGACAAGCUGGACGCGUGGAUCCGCCAAGAGGGGCUUGGCGGUGACAUCGAGGCGCUCAAAUCUGAGAUCGAUGAAGUCAUGGCGACGGUCUCUUAUGUCAAGGGGAGGGCGGUAGGCAACAGGAGGCUGGCUAGGUCUCUCGCCGCGAUCAAGCAGAAGCUCUUCGACGCCGAUGACGCGGUCGACGAGCUCGACUACUACAGACUUCAACAGCAGGUCGAACUCGAAGGAGCAGGCCAAUACCCGCUGCUGUCUUCAUCCAACGCGCACAACCGCUUCGCCUCUGACGGUGUUAUCCAGUCUUGCACCGCAGCCACAGUGACUAACACCGUUACUUUGCAUGGGCCCGAAGGCAUGCAUGAAGCAGCACGAGUCGAUCAUGGCACAUCGAGGGGCGAUGGUGAUAUUAUACCGCCGAGAAGAGGUCGUGGCAAAAAAAGAUCCCCGCAUUGGGUUGAUUUUGACGAGAUAUAUGACACUGAUGGAAAAACCGUGGGGGCGGAAUGUAGACACUGUAAAAAGAAACUUAAAUACGACGGUAAACAAGGGCCAAGAGUCUUGAUGACUCACUCCAAUAGUGCCAAGUGUAAGAAUACGCGAGAAGCACGUCCCCAGCCGCCAAGCCAUUCAAGCAUGGAUGAUGCUACUGAAAAUGCUACCCCCGUUGCUGUAAGUAAUUCACCCAGCAUACCAAGGAUGGGAACGAAUCCAGAGCCAACACAAAUCACCGCAGCUGUUGCUCACCCUUGGAAUAAAGACGAAAUUUCCAGUAAGAUACAGAAAAUAACUCAUCAGUUGCAAGGCAUCCGAGGGGAUGUGACAAAGGAUCUCAACAUGUUUGGGUCACACUCUGGUGCAAGUUCAGUUCUCCAUCAAAGUACAGCCUCAGAUCCAUGCCGAAGAACAUCAAGUCUUCUUCAAGGCAAAGUGUAUGGGAGAGACAAAGAGAAGAGCUCCAUCAUAAAGUUGAUGACAGCUGGUAAAUCUGACAGUGUAACUGUUGUGCCUAUUGUAGGCAUUGGAGGUACUGGGAAGACAGCUCUCGCGCAAUUUGUAUAUAAUGAUCCGAAAGUGCAAGACCAUUUUGACCACAGCAUAUGGGUUUGGGUGUCUAACAACUUUGAUGAAAUGGUACUGACGAGAGAGAUAUUAGAUAUUGUCCCUCGAGAAAAACACGAAGGGUUAUGCAGCCUUGACAAACUUCAGCAGGUCUUGAAAACUCAUAUUGAAUCAAAGAGGGUUCUACUUAUUUUAGACGAUGUCUGGGAUGACAAGAACAUUCGCAGAUUGGACCUAAUACUUGCUCCUUUCAAGUCAGACAAUCCAAAUGGCAACGUGAUCCUUGUGACAACUAGAAAUCUCUCUGUUGCAAAAAGGAUAGGAAUGACUGAACCAGUUGUGUUAGGUGCGCUGGAAGAUGACGAAUUGUGGUUAUUGCUCAAAGCACGAGCAUUUGGUAAAGAGAACUAUGAAGAGCAUGGAAAUCUAAUGAACAUUGGAUAG